AUUUUAAUAUUCACUAUUAUCAAUGUUAUAAGGAGAAGAUCGUAAAUAUUUUGGACUUUUCUCAGAAAGCGAAGCACUGAAAAAUAUUUUUUGGAGUAUUUGACGCAAUCGAUGCUCGCGCUAAAGAACCUAUGACUCAACAAACGGAUCUCUACUUCUUCGAUCAAUGUUUCAGACGUCGAAAAUACAAGCGCUAUCGAAAACCUCAAGAGCUGUUGCCGUUUUCAUUAAGGCUCACGGGACUUAGUGGAGCUGUUAAAGUCGAAGCCUAUCUUAAACAACAACAACAAAAAGCUGGAGAAGGAAAAGAAGGCUACAAUAAGGUUUCUGUGGCCGAGAAAGACAAUGAAGCUGAGUCGCCAUCUCGUGCAGGCCUGAAUCGUAAGGAUCGAGAUGUUGAUUUUGAAGGUGUAAAAAAAUUUCACGGUGGAAAACCGUUUAACUUACCGGAUAUUGCAGCUCGUGGUGUUCAUUCACCACCAGCCAUAAGGAGCUAUGAGCAGCUAGAGGGAGACGACGAAGAGGAGGAUACACAGAGGUUCUUGUUCGAGGAAAAUAAAUUCGCGGCACCGAAUCUGUUAGCGCAACUUGGACGAUUAAUUGAUCACAUACACGAGGUACAGUUGGAAGAAUUAGAAGAGGUUCAGUCUAGUAGUGGUCACUUUAAUAGCGGAUCUGCGACACCCGUGCCCGAGGAAGAACAAAGUUUGAUCUCUGAAACUAUUCGCAGUGGAGGCGUCUUUAUCCCACUACCAGACGAUUUGCAUAAGAAGCUGCGAGGAAACUUCGAGGAACUAUCCGCCAAUGUUGUGUAUGUUCGCCGAGAAUGGCAAACGACAAGUUAUAGAGAGCAGGCAAUUUUAAAGAAACGACUGGGUAUCAUGAGUGACUCACAAACGAAUGUAGAUGUGGCUAAGAGUCCUGAUAAAAGUACAGUAUCAGGAGAGCAAAUCAAAACAAAUGAUGAUAUUAAGGCAUCUGCACCUAAAGGAUCCGAGUCAAAAGAUUUCACUAAACGAAAACAAUCAACUGUCGGUGAGACUACUUCGAAGAUCGAUUCUACCGAUGAUCACAGGAGAGAAUCGCUUCUUGGUGUAAAUACUCCAGACCUUAGUACGAGUCAUACUGAGUUUCCAAGCCGUCGUGAAUCAUCAUCGCGACUUUCGUUCAUUACAAGUCGUUCUAAGACUCGGUUAGAGAGGUUCAAGGUAUUUACGGAUAAGGUUUCAUCUGGUAAGUGAUAAUUUCACUUGUGUAUUGUUUAGUUUCCCCUUCUCUAAAAAGUCAAAAAAUAUUUUGAAUACGAUACGAACAGAACUCGUAAAUUUCAAUGCAAUUUUUACGAAAUUUACAUGACUUUAAUAACAUCUCUGCAGCUGCAAAGCAUUUGAAUGACUUCCUGUCACGAUUUCCCGCGAAAAUUAAGUCAAUUAUUUGAUUUUAUUAUUUGUUAUGUGCCACUGUCGCGGACCGUUAUUUAAUGAACGAAAAAUCGGGCUAUUUAAUUCUUUUCUUCAUUGUUAGCACUGAAAGAUUUAUUUUUCAUAUAAUAUCUUCAGAGAAAAGAAGAACUGCAAGUGGAAGUCACUUUGAUGAGGAUGAAGAAAAUCAAAAAGAUUUAUCUGAUGGUGAGUGGAAAAAAAGUUUUUGAAUUAUUAGUUUGCGGUGAGUGGAAUAUGCACUGUGUACACACUAGCAACUAGCAAGCGAUGACCGGAAAUACAUCUGCUGUUUGUAGGCUAACUAGCUAACUAAAUUAAUUAUUGUUUACAUUUGUUUUGUUUCAGUUCAUUCUGGUCAUGGUACCUCAGGGCAACCAACUGUUAUUAACUUCUCUCUUCUCUCAAAAACCUGUGAGGAAAAAGGUAACACUAACAUUAAUUUAAACAUGUAUAUAUUUUUGAGAAAAAUUAAGUGUUUCAUGAGAGGAAAUACAGAAAAUGUACUUGAUCUAUAAUUAUUGUAAUUAUAAUUAUUAUUAUUAUUAUUAUUAUUAUUAUUAUUAUUAUUAUUAUUAUUAUUGUUAUUUAAUCAUUUGCCUUAUUAAUGUUGUAUUUGACAGGUUGGAUUCUGCAUCAAGAUAGUGCAAGUGACCUUGAAAGACAAACAUUGUUAGAAUGGGCACGAGCUAGGCUACAGCAAGCUAUAAGAGAAAAGUAAGAUUCCUAUAAAUAAUGUAUUGGAUUAUACCAGCUCUGACACAGUGUAUGCCAUGUUAAUUUAUAAGUGUAACUUGUUCAUAAAUGCUGAUUAGCUUUGGUGUUCUUUUGCUUUCAUUUGACUGUUCAUAAUCAAGUAUUACCCAGGCUCCAAUUUUAAUACAUUUUCUUAAAAAAAGGAUUUUGUUACAGGAUCAGAGUAAAACCCAUCAGUGUUAUUGUAAAUAUUGCUAUUUACAUCAUCAUCAUCAUCAUCAUCAUCAUUAUUAUAAUCAUUAUUACUAUUAUCAUCAUUAGUACAUUAUUAUUAUAAUCACUAUUAUUAUUAUUAUUGAAAAUUAUUAUGAUUACAGUUGAACCUCUCCACAAUGGCCAUCUUGAGGAGCGAAGAAAGUGGCCAUUCAAAAGAGGAUUGAUGUAUGGAUGUAUGGAUCGCCCACCAAAUAAAAUGGUCAUUUUGGAGAGGUGGCCAUUAGUGGAAGUUUUACUGUAUGUUAUUUUUAUUAGUAGUAAUUACUAUUGUUAAUUUUAUCACUGAUUUUCUCAUAACUUUUUACAGGGAAGAGAUGAACGAGAAAGCAAAGGAACUUGGUGUAGAUGGCCCUCUAGUUACUAAAUACUAUGGAGACACUCAGAGGGAAGCUGCUAUGAAGUACAAGAAGGGUGUAUCAUGGGCCAAGAGGUGGAAGAACCUCUCAGAUGAGGACAAGAGACCAAAGUUUCUCACCAGCUUACCAGAUGGCACCUCUUAUUGCUAGUAUCUUUUAUAAAGUACAAAAACUCUACCGGUAUCGUAUCCCUGAUGUAACCAGACCUUGGUCAGUGGGGGAAAUAUUAUUCCUUUUCCUUUGUCUAGGCACAGCUUUCUUAGAGCUUAGAAAUUAAAGGCCAGAAAUCCACCAGUCUGUUCUUUUCUCUAAGAAUUCACAAGAUCUUUCCCAAGUUUCAUCAAAGACUAUGUCCCUUCCUGUUAUUUUAGUAGGCAGAUUUAGCAAAGACAAUGCUAUCUUUUGAAUGAGAUCACAAAAGGACCUGGUGCACUCAACUUCCGGUGUUCAAUUUGCUGCUCUGUACAGACACCAUUAUCAUUGUCAUUGCAUUGUCUUUGCUUAAUCUGCCUAAUGGAGGCACUCAGUAAUAUCCUUGUUACUGUAUUUGUUGUCACCAUGUUGUUAUAAUUCAAAGUUUUGUAUUCUUUAACGCAACUGUUUUCAGCUACCCUUCUGGCAGAGUGGCUAUAUGUGCCAUAUACCCUGGUCCUAAUAUUGCUGGGAGGUACACUAUAGUGUAUGGAGACUCUGUUGACAAUCCAAUGUUAGCAAUUUUUGUUCCAGCAGGACAAGGCUGCUGUUUCCACAAGAAUGGAAGCAUUAGGUAAUAAUAUAAAGAUAUUAGGUGAUUAAUUCCUUAAUGAAUCUGGCUGCUACGAGUUAGACAGUCUCACACCUGAACCUGACUGUGUUUCAUCUUCUUUGAUAGAUUUGUCUCAACCACUAAAUUUGGAGCUGUCAUGGAGGAUGUAAGUAGAAGUGGAAUUUUUACCUUUUCACAGUUUUCUUUUGUGUUCAUGUUUUCCCAGCAAACAGAGAUCUUCAAUAGUAUGAGAUGCUUUAUAUUCCUUGGAUUCAGUCUGGCUGGUUUUAUAGACUGUACUUCAUACAUACUCAAUACAUACUUCCUCCUCAAAGCCAGCUGAGUACAAAUUUAAUCCAACCAAGGGGAGACUGAGUAUAUCUCAGCUUCCAAUACUAAAAAGUAUUGGAGCUGGUGGUAAAACCCACCUUUCUCGGUUACACAAUUUACUCUAUCUCUUUUGACUUCCACCCUUCCAUCUUUAUCAUGUAUUUUUCUAAUAUUUUUGAUAAUGGACUGUUGACUGUGUUCAGGAUGGCAAAGUGGAACAGAAGUGGAAAUGGCCUCUUGGAAGACUUCAAACAACUGUUGUAGUACAGGUAAGC